GAGACACAGACCGGCUUGAGACAAGGGACAACCAUCCUGCCGUGCUUCACAUAUUUCACAGCAUACCUUUAUUCAAAAGCUGAAUGAAAUCCGAAAUACAGGAGGUUCAGCGCUGGGACAAUACGGUACUUAGGGUUUAAAUGUUUCGGUAACCUUCUUUGAACUUUUGUUGUGGCUGUCUACUUGUGCGUUUCUUUUGGACGGAAAAAGUCGGUGACACGAAAUCUCUCAUUGAGAAAUUGGUCGAGUUAAACACGCUCUUUGAGGCAAAUUUCCCAAGAUCUUGCAAGUCUGCAGAACACUCAACACUCCAAGAAAUCUCCUUUGCUGUGUCCAGUCUCCACAGUCUCUGGACACUGGAAGGAAUAGAUGGACCUCCACCGCCCCUUCAAAAUGGAUGGCUCCUCCUACCUCCCCACUCCUCUGGCUUCCCCAGCCCUCAUGGUACUGGCCUCCACUGCUGAGGCAGGCCGUGAUGCCUCCGUCCCCUGCCAGGCGCCCCGCUCUUUCGGAGUCCCUGUCUCUGUAGACAAAGACCUCCAUCUCCCCUUUCCAUCAGCUUCCUACACCUUCACAUCCAUGUACCACCACCAGGGGCCCAUCUCAGGGGCUUUCUCUUCCAGAGACUUCCCUGCCUCCUUGCUGCACCUCCAUCCCCAGUUUGCCAGCCCCAACCUGGACUGCUCCUCUCUGGGGAUGCUCAACCACAGCGGGGUCGGGGCCUUUAGACCGUUCUCCUCCCCACCUGAGGAGAGGGAGGCUGGGGGGUACCACUCAGCCUUCACCCCCGCCAAGCGUCCGAAGGGCUGCUACACAGACUCAGAGGGGAAGGGGUAUGAGUUUGGUACACCAGGAGGGUCCCUGCAGGCUGUAGCUGAGGACGCUGGGAGGAAGCUCUUUGCAGUGUCUGGUCUCCUGUCUGACGGAGAGGGUUCAUCAAGCCCUGAAGAAUACAAGGAGGGUUGUAUGAAGGGCCUGUUUGACUCCCAGAGCCCGGUGUGUCCUGUGUGCCAGGCAAUACUGCGCCCCGGGGAGAUGCAGGAACACAUGGAACAGGAGAUGGCCCGACUCAAACAACUCCACAUCAGUGCACAUUCAGCGCAUGGAGACCAUCUUUUAGGGACCUCUAAGUCACUCUCAUUGUCUCUACAAAUCAAGUGUGAGGGGGGAUCCCCCAAUCCUCGUUCCCCCGAGGACCCCAACACAGACAGGUACCAGACAUUCCUUCGUGUGAGAGCCAACAGACACACCAGACUAAAUGUCGAUGACCUCUACUGGUGCAGGUGCUACACCAAACCCGUCCCUUUACGCCCCCACAAUGGAGCCCACCUAGCUCCUGACUACACACAAGCUGUCAGAAUUGGAAAGCUGAAGAGACGGAAGCCUGAGGAGGGGCAUGAUGGCCUUACCGACCUGGGGGGAGAUGAGGAUGAGUGGAGUGAGAGAAGGAGGAUGACAUCCAUACUGGGGGGAUUCAAAGGAGCAAUGAUGGUGAGCAGCAGUAAGACGAGGGAGGGUCGGGACAGCGACGCUGACUUGGACGUGGACGGAGACGAUACUCUGGAGUAUGGAAGAGCCCAGUACACAGAGACAGAUGUCAUUCCCUGCUCAACAGAAGAACGUGGGGAUGUGGAGCGGAGGGAGGCGAGGGCGGGCAUCAUGAAUGGUGGCUCGGAGUCUGAUCGAUUAGCGCUGAAUUGUUCCAAAUGGACAAAUGAGGGGAGUCCAUCUACCAGCAAUGGAGAGAGUAACAAACUAGAUAACAACAUGACCAUCCUGAACACGACCUGCAAAAACAGUGAUAUUGAGAUGGUCUCCGAGGAUUCUGCCUUAACAACCCUGGAUGCUCUAAAAGCUCGGAUAAGGGAUCUAGAGAAGCAGCUGUCUAAAGGGGAAAGAUACAAAUGUCUAAUCUGUAUGGACACAUACACAACUCCGCUCACAUCCCUUCAGUGCUGGCAUGUUCACUGUGAAGAGUGUUGGCUCCGAACUCUGGGGGCUAAAAAGCUGUGUCCACAGUGCAACACCAUCACUUCCCCCGGAGACUUGAGGCGGGUAUACCUGUGAGAGCACAGGGCAUCACGAGUUUUAAACUUAUCAGGGGGGAACUGCUGUAAGGACAGCUGGCCUGUCAAAUACUGUAUCGACCUUUUCCUUUCAUUGAUCCACAGUACGUAUCCCACUUUCCAGUGACUCAGUGGGGUAACACAUGGCAUACUGGAGAAUAUGAAGACAGUAGUACUUUGUAUUUGGGCCUCUAAUCUGCAGUUGAGCCAGUUGUAAGACUUCAUGCAAUUUCAACUAUGUUUUCAAGUACAUGUGUAACUAUAAUUUAAUUAAAAAAAAAAAAGUUAUUCCACACUCGGAAGCUCAGGCGUUGAAUGAAAUCUGUUUCACUCUUUGGACUAUUUUAAGAAUUUUUAUAAUAGUGUGUCCGUUUUUAUGAGAGAAAAAAAAAUCUAGCACAUGUACAUAAUUUUCCCAAUGUUUGCGAUUGCCUCUGUAUAGAUGUAUGUGGCCUAAACAACUCCCUUUGUGUGCACAGAGAAGCUAUAGCUAUUUAUAGCUAAACCUAUAUCUUUGUUUAUUAAGUUAAGGGGGACAUAACAAUGCUUAUUGCAAGAUUAAUUGUUGUCUGUUGUUUGUUUGUGUUCCUUUGUACAGAAUGAA